AUGGUGGGUCGCUAUGAUGGAUAUCAAGAGGAAGAAACCAAAUUAAAAGACGCAAUAAAAUUAUUGGAUGCCAAGCAAAUUCUUUUAGAUAAUUACACCCGACAAAAUAAUCUAAACUCCCAAAAAGCCUUAAUGUUAGUAGUUGCCCCCAGCAUUGAAGAAGCUGAAAACAUUCGCACCAGUUUAAUUGUUAAUUGUGAAUUUCCUUCCGAAAAUAUUCUCCAAGUUGAUAGUAGCAAAAUUACGGAUGAUUUAGCCCAAGAAUUACAAAAUAUUGAUAAUCCCCAUAAUCCUACCCGAAUUAUUAUUGCUGUUGGCAUGUUAAAAGAGGCCUUCAAAUCAACCACUUUUAUCGAACAAAUAAUCGGUCGUGGUUUGCAUUUACCUUUUGGUGAAUAUACUCCCAAAGAGGCACUAAAUACUUUGGAAAUUAUAAUGCAUGACAAUUUUAAAGAAUUAUUAGAUGUCCGUAAAUCCUUAAAUAGCAAAUUUUUUGGAAUUGUUGAAGAAGGACAAAGAGAAGACAACAAAAAAACGAGCGGACAACCCGAAAAUCUUUCUCAAACACUACAAAAUGGAGCAGAAAAUAAUCCCGACCAAAACAUUUUCAACCCUCAAAAUUUAGACGAACGAGAAAAAAAUAUUUUACAGCAAAGCCAAGAAGUAGUCCCGCCAAAUAAAAUAAAGGAGAAAUUCGUUAUCAAAAUAUUGCGACAAAAAAUUAAACCCCAAAACUUUUCUUUACGGAUAAUUGAAAUCAAAGGGCUAGGUAAAAGAUUCAAGGAAUUAGGAGAAAAUUUUACUUCCCAAAAAGAGAUAAAAAAUCUAUUACAGCAAUUUAUUAUUGAAGCAACUCAACAACUUCCUAAGGAAGAAAAAAUAAAAAGUCAAUUGAUUGGUCUUAUUUUUCGUAAAUGCUCGUUUAUUAAUUCAUCCAAUUUUACAGAAAUAGAAUCAGCCUGUCGUUUAGUAGAAAAAUUUCUCCAAAUUGAAGCCGCCGGCGACCAGUUAGCCCGAUUAAUCCAAAACAUUUUUAAAGAAUUACAUGUUGGUGAAAAUCAGCCCGAGCAAGAGAUAGUUGAAAAAAGUUUUAAUUAUUUUCAUCCUAGUUGUGAAAUUGUUGCGGGAAAUUUAGAGGAAGAAUUUGUAAAAAGAACCAAAGGAUACCAAUUCACCAAAAGUUUGUAUAAUUAUGACACCUUUGAUAAAAAAAUGAAAGAGCAAGAAAAAAAGUUGAAAGAAAAAUUUUACAGCAGCCCGUUUGCGGAAAGGGCCAAGAUUAAAAGGGAGUUAACCGCUCUCCAAGAAAAAAUUAUGAGUAUUGACAUUGAACAUGAAGAAAUGAUGCAACGAUUAGAAAAUUCGACUGGUCCAGCCACCGACCCCCACCAUUUAGCCGAACUGAUUAAAAAAGAGUUAAGAGAAGUUUUGGACGGAAGCAAAAAAUUUGAAGCCGGAGACAGAUUAAUUGCUAAUUUGGCUCGUAAUCGCCAAAAGCCUCUGGACCGUGAUAAAAUUACUACUCGAAUGGUUAGAGUCAAGCAAGAGGAUUUUUCCUCGACCGAUUUUGAGGAAAUGAUUAGUUUAAUUCGUCAAACAAAGAACUUUUUAGAGGAAAAAGAUAAGCAAGACCGCCAUAGAAUUGAAAAUAUAAAAUUGAAUAAUCCUCAUUUAUUCACCCACGGAAAACGCAACGGGCAUAAUUAUACAAUUUACGUUCCGGAUAAUCAUAUAGCCUUGACUAAUUGCACCAAUUCGGAAGAAAUUAUUUCUGAGGCCGAAGCCCAACGUCUAGAACAACGAGGAAAAGGCAAUUUCAUUAAAUAUGAAACUUAUGUCGAGUUAAAUGAUAAGAUUUUCAUCGACCAUUAUCAAGAGAACGGGCAGCAGGAAUUAGUGAAUCCGGUCAGUGGUGUUAAUGGAUUAAUUGAGAAUGCUAAUGAUAAAAAUAUGAGUGUUGGGCUUAUUUCAGAAGGAGAAAAAGAAAAUUCAGAAUUAGAUAAAGAGGGGCUGUUAAAAAUUUUUCAAAAAUACGGUAUUAGCCAAAUGUCCUUAACCACCACGGGUGAUUUACUAAUUGAAUAUAAUAGUGAACGCCUUAAUCAAUCUGAAUUUAAAAAAGUUAUCGGUUAUUACCAAACCAGCGGCCAAACGAGUUUAAGUCAACAAGAAUUAAAUAAUCUCCUUAAUACUGCUACGCCCCGCAAUAGCAAUAGUACGUUCUUAAUAGCGAGUAUCAUUGGCGGGGCUUUAGUGGAAUUUAUUAAUCAAGCCAAAAAAGCCCAAGAACUCCAAAGGAAAAUGGAGAAGGAGGGUAUUUUUGGGGUAAUGAAUGACCCCAAACUAAGAAAACAAAUGGAAGAAUUACAGAAAAGAUUUGGAGGAAAAUUCAAUUCCUUAAUUAAUUUGCAAAAUUCCUUCAAAAUGUCAAAACUCAGCAAUCUUUCCUCUCGUGUUUAUAAUUGUUGUUCUCAGAUACCAAAAGGUCAGAUUUCAACUUAUAAAUACAUUGCGGAUUUUCUUCGGAUUUCCCCUCGUGAAGUGGGGGAAGGAGAAAAGGUGGUUGCCAAACGAAAAUUAUUGGCGGACGAGGAAAAUUGCGCCCGAAAGUUAUUUUUAACAAUUUUCAUUAAGCAACAAUUAGUAAAAUUGAGCCAAGAAUUAGGUUUAAGCGACCAAGUGCAGCAAUCUUUACAAAGUGCAACCAGUUAUUCAGAAUUAGUAAGUAAACAAAACCAGCAAGUAGAAAUCAUUAACCAGAAAGGGGAAAUAGUAAGCAAGCAGACAGUCAAUACUAAGAUAUGGCAAAUUCCGCUUUCUCGUCGAAAUAUUUCUCUGGCUAAUCGUUAUUAUUCAUUCAAUAAGCAUCAAAAUACGCAUAAAACUAAAACUAAGGGGGAAGUAGAAGGUAGCGAUCAAAAGCCCCACCCUCAAAAAAAAACUGGACGAGCACGUUCCGGUUCUCGUUAUAACCCCCAAAAUCGGGGAGGGGGAAUAGUUUUUGGACCAACGGGACAAAAAAAGUGCUCUUUAGACAUUAAUAAAAAAUUCAAAAAAAAUGUCCUUCAAUCACUUCUGGGGGAAAAAAUGAGAAAUAAAAAAAUAAUAAUCAUUGAUAAAAUAAUGCUUGCUAAUUAUAAAACCAAAGAGGCGGAAAAAUUUCUUGACUUUUUGCCAACUAAAAAAGCCACAACUUUAGUUGUGCUAGCCAACGAGGAAGAAAAUAAAGAAAAAAUAAUUUAUUCUUUUCGUAAUUUGCCUUAUAUCGAGAUAAGCGAUAGUAAAUCUGUUAACUUUUCACAAAUAUCAUCUCCUAAUUAUCUCGUUUUCACCCAUUCGGCUUUUUCAGAAGUAGAAAAAAGAUUGGGCUAA